AAUCCCAUAUUCGGCUUACUGACGCACCUUAAACUGAAUGUAAACACUCACACGUGUAUAAAAUGUCGAAGGAAAGCAGGACGCUAUUCGUGCGAAAUCUGCCAUAUUCCAUUACACAGGAUCAACUAGCAAUCAAAUUUUCAGAUUAUGGUCCCAUCAAAGAUUGCUUCCUUGUAAACAAUAAAGAAACUGGAAAAAGCAGGGGGUUUGGUUAUAUCAAAUUUACAGAUUUGGAUGAUGCUAAAAAGGCCAAGGAGGCGAAAGUCCUCUUGGAAGGUCGAAAGGUGCUCAUAGACUUUGCAGACAUUACAAAGAAAAAGAAAUCUGAGAAAAAGCCUCGACCGGCUCCCGUGACAAAGACAGAACCUGUGGCCAAUGACCCUGGGGGGAAGGGAAGCCAAGAGGAGGAGGUGGAGGGGGAUGAAGGGACUGAUGAAGAGGACGAGACUGAAACUAAGGAGGGUAUUCCAGGGACGAAAUCCCCAAAGAUGAAGAAUGUCAAGUAUCACAAGGCCAAGAUAGUUGUACUGUCGGGGCUACCAGCGGGCAUGCAGCUUGACGAGCUGAACAAAUGUCUCGAGAAAAUGAGUGUUAAACAGCUAGCAGAAAGCCACUUGGUCAGUGCCAAUGUGGCUCAUCUCAAGUUCAAAUGCAUCCGGGACGCCAAGCGGGCUAUAAGAAAGCUGCACAAUCAUCCUUACAAAGACUGCAUGCUGCAAGCGGUGCAAAUGUCCCAGGAAAGACAGGCCGUGACACCUCAGGCAGGCACCAGAAGGUCAAGGGUCAUCGUGCGAAAUCUCUCCUUCAAAUGCGGUGAGGAUGGUUUGAGGAAGGCAUUUGAGCAGUGUGGGGAAAUCACGGACAUCAGCAUCCCCACGGGCGCUGAGGGCAAGCUGCUGGGGUUCGGCUUUGUACAAUUCAACACUAUGGAGGAGGCAAGCAAAGCUGUGGAGCAAAUGAAUACACAGAAAAUCAUGGGUCGUAGUGUUGCUGUGGACUGGGCCCUUCCGAAAGACAAGUAUGAGAGUGCAAAGAAGCAGCAAGAUGACAGUGACAAUGACUCUGAUGAGGGUUCUGUCAGUGCAAGGAGUGAUUCGUCUUCCAGUGAGCUGACAAAUACACACAUAAAGAUGGAGCAAUCUGAUGAUGAGGGGGUAUCAUCAGACGACAAUGAAGGGGAUGAAGAAAGCGAUGAUGGAGUGGAAGAAGAAGAUGAUGAUAAAUUGAAGAAGGAAGGUGACAAUGACGAUGAAGAUUAUGAUGAUGAAGAAGAUGAAGAUGAUCAGGGAGACAGUGAAGAGGAUGAAGAUGAUGCCACUAAAAACAAUAAGAAAGCAAUAAAGAAGCAAUCUUUUCAAGGCCGUACUGACACCAAUGAUGGUUGCACCCUCUUUAUAAGGAAUCUUUCCUUUGAUACCAUGGAGGAAGGCAUGCUGGAGUUCUUUGAGAAGUUUGGGCAGCUCAAGUAUGCCAAGGUGGUCAUCAACCAGCAGACAGAGUUCUCCAAAGGUAUGGGGUUUGUGAGGUUCGUCUCCAAGGACUCAGCGGACCACUGCCUGCGCGAGGGAGAGGCCGGGAACCUGACCCUGGACGGACGCCAGUUGAACAUCACGCUGGCCGUGUCAAGGGAGAAGGCGGCCGACUUUCAGGAGAAGAAAGAUAAGGAGAAGAAAGACAAUAGAAACUUGUACCUGGCUCGGGAAGGAAUGAUCCGACCUGGGACCCAGGCAGCCGAAGGGCUUACUAAACAGGACCUCGAAAAACGCAUGAAGGUGGAUGAAGUGAAGAGACAGAAAUUGAAGAACAUCAACAUCUUCAUCUCACCUCUGCGUCUCUGCGUACGUAACAUUCCACCAACUGUGGACGAGCAGUCACUACGCAAGAUCUUCAAGGACGCUGCUGGCGACCCCAAGGCUCUUAUUUUGGAGUGCCGUAUAAUGAGGGACAGAGCCAGGUUGAACUCAGAAGGCAGGGGCAAGUCACUUGGGUUUGCCUUCAUCAGUUUUGGGGAGCAUCAGCACGCACUCUCCGCCCUCAGACAUACAAAUAACAAUCCAGAGAUUUUUGGAGAGAAAAAGCGUCUGAUUGUGGAGUUCUCAUUAGAAAACAGGAAGGCUCUUGAAGUUCAGGCCAAAAGGAAAGAAAAGAUCCAGUCAAAGCAACAAUACCAAGAGGCGGUUAAAUCAGCUCAACAACAGCCAGCGAAGAAACAGUUUGGGAACUCCAAGAAGUCUCCUAGCCUUCCACUGAUUCAACUGUCGGAGAAAGACAAGCAGAUGAGGCCAAAUAAGGCACCAAAAGGUCUGCCAUCUCACUGGGGCCCAAAGGUUCGCCACAAGUCCCGUAACCCUGGUGGACCACAGGGGAAAAAGGCCAAGGAUAAGGGGUUUAAAAAGGGCCAGCAACUGAAGCGACCUGCCCAAUCACACGAACAGGGACCAAAGCAAAAGAAACAAAGACGUGAGGUUUAUGAUGAUUUCGACAAGAUGGUCAACAAGUACAAGAAUAGUUUUAUGGCAAAGAAAUCAGCAUCGUCUAAGUGGUUUGAGUGAAUUACACAAAAUCAAUUGAUAUUUGCAAGUGGUUUGAGUUUCAGGAUCAGCUGCUCUUUUCAUGAGUGACUUCGAGAUCAGUUGUUUUGUCCAAAUGCUUUUACUGACUUUUCCUGAUCAGUUGUUUGUCAAAGUGAUUUGAGUGACUAUUUAGGAUCAGUUGCUUUGUCAAAGUGGUUUGAGUGACUUUUUGGGAUAAGUUGCUUUGUCGAAGUAUUAUGAGUGACUUUGCAAGGAUCAGUUUCUCUGUCAGAGCGGAUUGAAUGACUUAUUUGAUCAGUUUCUCUGUCAAGGUGGUUUGAGUGACAUUCCAAGGAUCAGUUAUUCUUUUAUCCGGAUCAGUCACGCUGUCAAUAUUACUAGAACUUUAAGAGACAUUACAACUGACCUUACAACAUAAAGGUGACCGUCAACGAUUUGAGUUACUGCUUUUCUUGACAACAACCUGUCAGCAUAGAUGACAAAGACUGGCUUUUAAUUGAUGACACUUCUUUAAAAUAAUAGAAAUUGGACUUUUGUGUUGAAAUGCUUUGAAAUCUUUCGGGCAUGUUAUCCUUAUUUAAUCAUCUGAGAAAUAGAUGUUUUGUGUUACUGGACAUUUCCUGUCUGUUUUUUCUUUCUGUAAGAAGCUUUUUUAUUGGAUAUGUUACAUAAUAAAGAUUAAGAAAUAUU